UACCUCCAUAUAGCCUAUGACCUAGAAUUUAACCUUAAUUGUUUGACUAGAUAGAAGUUCAAUGUUUUUGCAAGAAUAUCAAUUGUGCUGCUUCUUAUAUCAUAUAUAUCAUAUCCUAUCACAUCAACAGGCACACAAUGUUCUUUGCCCUGUUUUCUUUGGAGCUUUGAUUGAUCAGCAAAUUCAGGUGGUGGCAGCCAACCUAGACAUUACAAUGUUUUUACUAACCUUGCAUCUAAUAAUUUCAUUCCCUGAUGACUCUUCCUGAAUUGUGUAUUCCAUAAGGGAUUACAGAAUGUUGAUUUUCUAAUGCUCCCCUCCAAACUUCCUAGCUAAAAUUCUUCUGUGAAGAACUUCGUCCUCAACCAGGUUGUCUGGAUACUUGGAAAUACGAUUACUAAAGGAGAAGCAGACAAAUGCUUUGAUUUUCCUCUUUAAUGGCCAACGUUCAGAUUCGUAAUUCAGAGAACAGUGAGUUUUUUGCUCGCUUUGCUUACAUUUUAAAUGUUUAUACAUUCACUGUAUGUCAUAAUCUAACCGCUGCAUCUUCAGCUGUGUCCCUUCACAGUGGUUUCUAUGCCUGUUUAAUAAGACGUCACUGGUCGUCGAUGCCUUUCUUGUUCACUGGAACAAGAUCAAUAAAUAUUGUUCAUUUCUGGCUUAAUGUGUGGAAUCACCUGUUCUUCAAAACAGCCCUGCUAGUGAGAAAGCCCUGCUUUGCUUUAGUGAAGAAUAGCAGUAAGAGACGACAGUCUAAAAAUGAGGACUGCUCAUUGCUCCCCAGUUGCCAGAGUGAACAGAGGUACUAUUCUGAAGAAAUAAUGAAUUCCAGCUUAAAUUUAAGGCCACAGGAUUUUCCGAUUUACUUCUGGGUUUAAAUCACGGUUGCCAACCUCUUCAUGUAAGUAUUAGCUUCACCUUACGGUAUCUACUAUAAAUGAAGUAAAUAGUACUACUAAAAUGGAAAUAACGAAUACAGUUCCAGAUUUCUCUGCAGGUCAAUUUGAUUUUAGACUCUAUUCCAUUGAGAAUGCCACUUGAAUCACUUCUCUUCUCUGUAUUAACCAGUUUUUUAAAAACAGUAAAGAAAACUUUUCCCUUCUUUUUUUCCCUCCUUAAAAGUAUAAGGCCUGUGAAAGUAUAGAUGUGGUCAGUAGCGGAACCCAAAGGUGCGAAAAUGCUUCGUCCCUUCCCAGUGAACGAGAGCCAACGGCACCGCCUUGCCGUGAGCACCCGGGCUGUCGAAGGCCCGUCCACCCUGACUGCCCGCCCUGCGCCCGGAGCAGCCUAAGGCGGACCCCCUCUUCCUGCUUCCCUCUUCUCAGCGUCUCUGCAGCGCGGCGGAGCACCGACAGCGCGGCUCACAGAGGCGGCGCUCCGUGUGCGCUUGCAGAGUGAAGAGCAGCAUCCCGGCAAGUCAGGUUUUGAACAGGGACUGAUAUCGCCGGUACGCUUACUCAGGACGGACCGCGAACCCCAGGGUAGGUUUUACGUACGGUCUGUCCGUUCAGGUUUUGCCUUCACAAUCCUAAAGUUUAAACAUUUUAUAAGAAAUAUUUUUGGAAUGUGAAUGAUGUUGGGCUUUGCAUAAAGGGAGAACUCCAGAAAUACCUCACCUGGCCCCCAAACUUUUUUUAAGAGUAGUAACAGAUUUUCUUUCUCUUGACCUUUAAAUACUGCAGUCACACUCCCUUCCUUCCCUCCUUGUCCCUCCUCUCCUACCCCCCGUUUCCCAGAAACUCCUAUUUAGGAAACACAAGAUAUUCCAGAUUGGCAGGACUGUGCUGAAAAUGACACGACUUUCCACAAGCCCGACGUCCGUCUUGGCGAGGACAUGCUGAAAGGACAUCAUCUGUUGCUUCAGUGAAUACAAUCCUCUCUAUAUGCUGAGCGGGUGAAAGCAAACAAUGAAAUAUGUACGUGUCAGGUGACUGCAAUCAGGGACGGAAAGCUCUUUGCAGAGAACUGCUGGAGACAGGAAGGCUGAGGCGUGCGGAGGUGCAGAGGCAGAAAGGCCGCCCUUGAAGAAGAGAAGCACCCCUUCUCCUAAGCCUCAGGGGAUACGGCCCGGGGCAGGGGGCUAAGCAGCUGUGGACAUAACAGUGACGGUCUGUUUAUUCUGUGAGAGACACCAGGAAAGGCCAUUUGCUAAGCGUGCUUACAAUUAUAUAAGAGAAGAUAACUAAAUGAAUACAGAGCUCAGCUCCUGCUAUGUGUCAGGCGCUGCACUAGAUUAUAAAUCUAUAUUAUAUAAAAUGUUAUAACAUAUAGAUAUCAUAUAUAUAAUCAAAAACUUAUAACCAAAAUCCACAUCAGUACCAAUACCUGGAUUUUACAGAACAGCCAGUGCGGUUAGCGAGGCGGCUGUUACUACUGUCUGACGCGGAGUCCCGAGGGAUGAGCGGGACAACAGGUUAGCAGAUCAGGCACGCACUUCUGCUCCUGCUCAGACCAGAGGGCACGCAUCUGCACUAACGCAGAGGUACAGUCAGAAGGCGGCAGCAGCGGUCAGGCCGCGUCCAGCCCGGGAGCGGGGUUUCCCGGCCCUUGCGUGAAGCGGGCACUGCCAGCACCCAGCCCGUGGCACCUCCACACAGCCGCUGGGCUCUGCCUUCUCCAGCCGUGUGGGCAGGGCCGGCCCUCAAGGGGGGCAAGAGGUUCUGCGGGACGCAGUCACCAGGAGCAGCUCUGCACUACGGACGCAGGAAUGGCGGUAGCCGCACCCCUGCGCUGCCCUGCUGUGGUGGACAGCGGCCGAGGCACGCCCCCCGCAGUUGCCCGCAGCUCACAGGUACUGCCGUCUAGGUGCCCUCAGCGGCACCUGCUGCCCAGCACUCACUGCAGUGCCUCCCUGCCCUCCGUCUCACCCCCGGCGCCUGCAAGUGCGACCCCAGGUCCCGGACGGAACAGGCCGCUGUCCUUAAACAGUCUCAGUUCACCCUGGGGACUCAAAACCAAAACAGUGGAGGACGGAGAUGUGAAGCCAGAGGACCAGAAGUGCUGGGGAGAGGAACUCCGCCGCCGACCAGGGGGCCGGCUGAGGUGCAACGGAAUUCAAGUCACAGGAGGAGGAGAGGGCAAGGAACGGGGCAGGCCAAGGCCGCUCAGGCUGCAGAAGGGAAAUCAAGUCAGAGAGGAAGGCAGACAGGUGGGAGUCGGGAGAGCAGUCCGCUGCGUGCGCUGGGAGUCAGGGGCAGGACGGUGUGCGGUGAUGGCAGGGGCAAGGGCAGCCCGAGAGCGUCCGCUCCUGAGUGGAGAAACACCGAAGAAACCGCAGAACGGUGCAGCCAGUGGCUGGAGCGCCGGAGUUCUCCUCCAGGAGUGCUGGUCCGCUGCGAUGGGGGCAGGAGCUGCGAAGGGGAGAGGCCAAGACCACCUGUGAAAGCGUGACAGUGAGCUGGACGCAGGUCCGGCCAAGCGUGACAAAGGGAAAGCCUGGACGGUGACGAUCUCAGAGGGAAAGGCAAGUCUGCAGGGACGAAGUGGAAGUUGCUCCGUUCUGAGGUGCGCCAGGCUGCCCCAUCUCUACGGAGGAGGAGGAGGGAAGAGCGUGUUCCUAAGGGAAGGCAGCACGUUACUGGGCGGCAGAGGAUGCGGAAGGGUAUUUAUAAUGGAAGAGUUUUCAGCACACACAGGGGAAAGAGCGGGGAGGGAAGUAAUCUAAGGAAGACAAGCCAUUGGGAGAGAGGGAGGACUUCCGUAUCAGUUAAGGACCUCAGGGGCACGGGGCAGUGGCUAGGAGGUGAACGGGAUGCAAAUAACUGAAUAAAGGCCAGGAGGGCGACAGCAUGACACCAUGACAAGAGCAGCACCUCUGGAGUCAGACCUGGAUUAGUUCUGGGAUGUGAAACUGACUCUAGGAUCUGGGGAACAGUAUAUAAACUUCUACGUCUCUAUUUUCUCAUCUGUACAAUGGGAAUAGUUAUUUGGUGUUAUUUUGAGGAUAAAAUAUGAAAUGUUUAGCCCCACUCCUGGUUAACAAGAAGCAUCCAAUACAUGUUAAUUCUUGUUUAUUACAAGUGGCUUCACGGUUUUGAAUGAAUCCCUUGGUAUAAAGAAAUUUAAAAUCAGUUGGCCAACGGUCCCGGCUAUUGUUAAGAUUCAUGCAUUCUUAUAUUUGUCAGAACUGGGUCCACGGUGCAGCAAGUGAGACCAGCAAGACACAGAAGUUAGAAGCCUCAGUCAGUACACAGCCGGAGCACCAGGACCCCCGUGAGCACCCUGCGCCUGCCUUGCCUCACCACAGGCCAGGCUCUGCCAGUAACUCACGGGGGCCGCUGCUUAGCUCCGAGAGCAGAGCUGUUCCUCACACAGACCCGGUUACACGGAUCGGCACGGCGUGCGGACCUGCGAAGGCAGAGUCACUCUCUUGUGAGUCGUGGAUGCUCCAUAACUAAUUGAUCUGAACAGAUAUAUUUCUCAGACUUGUUCACAAGGUUUCAUAUUAUAUCACAUUAUAUAUAUAU